AUGCACCAUAAUCAUUUAUCUCUCAAGCAGCAGUACCAUUCCAACAAUGGCAGCAUGCACCGGAAUCAUUUGCCUCUCAAGCAGCUGGACCAUUCCAACAACUGCAGCAUGCACCAGAAUCAUUUACCUCUCAAGCAGCAGUACAAUUCCAGCAAUUGCAGCAUGCACCAUAAUCAUUUACCUCUCAUACAGCAGUAUCAUUCCAACAACUGCAGCAUGCACCAGAAUCAUUUGCCUCUCAAGCAGCAGUUCCAUUCCAACAACUGCAGCAUGCACCAUAAUCAUUUACCUCUCAAGCAGCAGUACCAUCCCAACAACCGCAGUAUGCACCAGAAUCAUUUACUUGUCAAGCAGCAGUACCAUUCCAACUGCAGUAUGCACUGCAAUCAUUUACCUUUCAAGCAGCAGUACCAUUCCAACAACUGCAGCAUGCACCAUAAUCAUUUACCUCUCAAGCAGCAGCACCAUCCCAACAACUGCAGCAUGCACUGUAAUCAUUUACCUCUCAAGCAGCAGUACCAUUCCAACAACUGCAGCAUGCACUGUAAUCAUUUACCUCUCAAGCAGCAGUAUCAUUCCAACAACUGCAGCAUGCACCAGAAUCAUUUGCCUCUCAAGCAGCAGUUCCAUUCCAACAACUGCAGCAUGCACCAUAAUCAUUUACCUUUCAAGCAGCAGUACCAUCCCAACAACCACAGUAUGCACCAGAAUCAUUUACUUGUCAAGCAGCAGUACCAUUCCAACUGCAGUAUGCACUGCAAUCAUUUACCUUUCAAGCAGCAGUACCAUUCCAACAACUGCAGCAUGCACCAUAAUCAUUUACCUCUCAAGCAGUAG